AUGUCAAGAACUGCAGCGCAGUUUAUCCAAGAUGUCUCCUCCGGAGAAAAGAUCUACAUGGACAUCUUCAAAGCCGCCUGCAGCUGGGACCUCGAGGCCAAAAUGCAAGAUAUCGUAGAUAAUAGUGGCUACGACCUCUCCCCUGCCAACCUCAAAGCUGCAUAUGAAGCUCCGCCAAAAUGGUCCCUUGCGAUGUUCGGCGGUGAGUACUUUUUCAGCGAGCCGCCUGACUUGAAGGGCAAAUCUCUGUUUGUGAACCCUACCACCGAGCAGGUAAUCAUGCUCGACGAUAUUCAAGAGCCGGACCUACAACCAGGUAAGGACGCAACGUAUAAGUGGACCAUUACGUCUGAAGAUGAUGGUACUAGCGAGACGUACACCAUCACAUUUGACGUCGGGUUUAAGAUCAACGAGCUGCCGAGCUCCCAUAGCUGCCAGGGCGCCAGGGAGAGCGAUAGUAAACCUGUCAAAGCGGCGCAAAGGAUUCCCGAUAAAGAUGACAGGGACCGCUCUAAAGUUCCGGAUCCUAAGGAUACAGGCGACGGGGUCAACGACUUCGGCGUCAUCGGUGCCUGGAUCGGCGUAAGUGGCCUUGCGCUUGUGGGACUGGUGUUCGCGUAUGUGAUGUACAAGCAACGAAAAUCCGAGGCCACCCUGGCCCAGUCAAACGCCGACGCUGCGUCCGCGUCCCACGCGAAGGAUGAAGCUACGCUAAAAGAAAAAGCCCGGAAGGCCAAAGACGCUUUAAUCAAAGCCGCCUCGGAGCUGAAGACUAAAGUCGCAGCCCACUGGCAAGCUAGGCAGACGUUCCAGUACAUCGAAAUGGAAGAGAUGAGGCACCCAAACCUUGACGUCGAGUACGCCUCACUCCAACGGCCCGUGGACGCGACGAUUGAGUCGUACCUCGGCGACUACCUGGCACAGCAUACGAGUAUCAAACCGGAAGAUCUCAACACGAAGGCGUACGAAAACACGCUGAAAGAGCUACAAGAAAAUGCCACACUGCUUGCGAGGCAAACUUUCCUAGGCACCAGCAGGGAUAGGGCCACCGAAGAGUCGGACAGAAAAUACGCCGGGCUGGCGGAACUCUCAGAGCUGGCGGACGGUGUUUAUCAUGACACCGUUAGGCUGAUCGGCGAAACCGUCGCCGAGAAGGACUUUGAUGCCAGGGAUACGAGUCUGGGGAAGUACGUGCCCAUCGUGCUGGACGCCUACAUACAAAAGGAAAUCGCGAGGCUCGCUUGGGAGCAUGGGGAAGAGUAUUCUCAAGCGGCCACCGAGGCCAAUCAGGCGGCGGAGAAAGCAAGGUCCGAUAAAGAGGAGAAAGAGCAAGCCAAGGAGGAGGUCGAAAGGCAGCUGGAAGACCAGACAAUUUCGGACGAGAAGAGGAUAGAGCUGGAGGCCCAGAGGGACGAGUUGCAAGCAGAGAUAGCCGCUCUCGGUGAGGAGGAGAAGAAGCAGGAAGAGAAGAGCAGUAGGGAUAGCGAGGAGGCGAAGAAGGAGACUGAGAGGGCCAAGGACGCGGACGAAAAGGCUGGGGAGAAGAGAAAGGAGUCCAAUAGGCAUGGGGAGAAAAUAUUCACAAAGAAAUGA